AUGGCUCCCGGCAUGAGAGGAGAUUUACGUGACUCUGCAUUACCUUUGUUGAACUCACCUAGUAUUGAAGGUGAUGCUAUCAAGGUUUAUGUAAGGGUACGUCCCCCUUCAGAGGGAACUGUGUUAACCGAUGGAGAUCAAGGCUUGUGUUUAUCUGUUCUUUCAUCAAAUACCAUCCGUCUGCAUUCGAAGCCUGAGCCAAAGAUCUUCACUUUUGAUUAUGUUGCAAAUAUGGAAACAACACAGGAGUCAGUGUUCUCAAGUGUGGCCAAAACUAUUGUUGAAUCUUGUAUGAAUGGCUACAAUGGAACCAUCUUUGCAUAUGGCCAGACUGGGUCAGGAAAAACCUUUACUAUGAUGGGACCAUCUGAUUCUGAUAAUUUCACUCACAGUCUGAGAGGUGUAAUUCCACGAAGCUUUGAAUAUUUAUUUUUUCUAAUUGAACGUGAAAAAGAAAAGGCUGGCAGUGGAAAGAGUUUUCUCUGCAAAUGCUCAUUUAUUGAAAUCUACAAUGAACAGAUAUUUGACUUGCUAGAUUCUGCUUCAGCUGGACUUUUUCUCAGAGAACACAUCAAGAAGGGAGUCUUUGUUGAUGGUGCUGUUGAACAGGUGUUGUCAUCUGCUGCUGAAGCAUACCAGGUAUUAACUAUGGGCUGGAGAAACCGUCGUGUAGCAUCAACCUCAAUGAACCGGGAAUCCUCAAGAUCACAUGCAGUUUUCACUAUCACAGUGGAAUCCAUGGAGAAAAACAAUGAGGUUGUUAACAUUCGGUCUUCCCUGCUCAACCUCGUAGACUUGGCAGGAUCUGAGAGACAGAAAGACACCCAUACAGAAGGACUGAGGUUGAAGGAAGCAGGUAACAUAAAUAGAUCACUAAGUUGCCUGGGCCAAGUAAUCACAGCACUUGUUGAUGUGGGUAAUGGAAAACAGAGACACAUUUGUUACCGGGAUUCCAAGCUCACUUUUCUGUUACGGGAUUCCCUUGGUGGUAAUGCAAAAACAUGUAUAAUUGCAAAUGUUCAUCCAGGAUCCAGGUGUUUUGGUGAAACAUUGUCCACCCUUAAUUUUGCUCAGCGAGCAAAGUUGAUUAAAAACAAGGCUGUGGUAAACGAAGACACACAAGGAAAUGUGAGCCAACUGCAAGCUGAGGUCAAGAAGUUGAAAGAGCAGCUUGCUCAACUUACUUCAGUGCCAUCUAUGCAUGAUAUUUCUGUAUCACAAGGUGCUGUUGAAAAAGGGAAGAACAACAUAAAUUACAUGAACAACUUUCUUGAAGCAAUGUUGUUCUGGGAGAAAUCAGAAGGAGAAAAGAAGAAUUUAUUAGAAAAAAUUGCUCAACUAGAAGAUCUGUGUGCCAAGAAGGAGAAAUUUAUUCAGUCCAAUAAAAUGAUAGUUAAAUUCCGUGAAGACCAUAUUGUUCGCUUGGAGAGAUUACAUAAAGAGGCUGGUGGAAGUUUAUUGCCAAAAGAGCAAGAUGAUCUCUUCAGUGAAUUGAGGGACGAAUUGCAGACACUUAGAGAACAGAUGGAACAGCACCCACGAAUUGCAAAGUAUGCCAUGGAGAACCAUAACCUCAGAGAGGAGAAUAAAAGACUUCGUUCUUUACAGUCAGUUAAAAAGGCCCAAGAAAUUGAUGCUCAGACCAUCGCAGAACUAGAGAAAGCGUUUUUGGAAGCUUCAGCCACAGAGAAAAAUACUGGAGGUCAUCAUUUAUAUUCCACCACCAUAUCAGUGGAAGGCAACUCACUGGCAUCUGUUGAAAGGCUGAAAGCACGCCUGCUACAGACUCAGAGUGAACUGGCAAGUUCAAAACAAGAAUAUGAAGAAUUUCAAGAGCUAACCAAGAAAAGGCAUAUGGAACUGGAAUCAGAGCUUCAGUCCCUUCAGAAAGCAAACCAACAUCUUGAAAACAUUCUGGAGGCAACCAAAGCACACAAGCGCCAAGAAGUCUCUCAGUUACAUAAGCUACAUAGAGAAACUCUUAAGAAUAUAACCACUCCAACAAGAGCUUACCAGCUAAGAUCUCGCCUAGUGCCGCGAAUAAGCCCAGAAAUCUUAGAUUAUCAUUCUGAAGAUUUUCAGUGUUCAGAAGAGAUGAAGGAUGACAUUUUGAAAGAGCCAGUUCCCCCAGAAGUGAAUGAACAAGCAUAUGAGGCCAUGGCUGAAGAGCUCAAAGUGGCACAGGAGCAACUGAAUACAAUGCAGACAAAGCUGGAUGAAGAGGAAAGCAAGACUAUAAAACUCCAGCAGCAUAUUAAUAAGCUGGAGCAUCAUUCUGCACAAAUACAGGAGCUUCUUUCAUCCGAAAGGAAUGACUGGAGUAAAGAGCGCCAGGAGCUCCUUGAACAGAUAAAAUCGCUUGAAAAGCAAUUUCAAGACAGUCAAAGCAAGACUGAUAUAUUAAAAAGUGAAGUCUAUGACUUGCGCAUUGUCCUGCAGUCUGCAGACAAGGAGCUGUCUGCUGUAAAAUUGGAAUAUAGUGCCUUUAGGGAAAAGCAAGAGAAAGAAAUAAGUCAGCUUUCUGGUAGACAUAUGGAUGUACAGUUCCAGCUGGACAGUGUCAGGCUAGAACAUGAAAAGAUUCUUGAAGAAAAAGCAAGCCUACAGGAUGACUAUGAUAAUUUGCAGGAAGUAGCGAAGUUUGAGACAGAUCAACUGAAGCAACAACUUGAGGACAGAAAACAAGAAGCAGAAGCAAUGAAAACUGAGCUUUGUAACCUUUUGAAACUCCUGAAAACAGAAAAAGAACAUAAUGAAAAACUAACAUUACAAUUACAAAAAGACAAAGAAAACAAUUCAAAGGAGCUCUUGAAAGUACUUGAAAAAGCACAGGUGGAGAAACCAUCCUCUGAAAUGGUGACACAGUGUGAGCAGCAGGAAGCAAAACUGCAGAAAUUGGAACAGGCACUGGCUGCUGCUGAAGAGUUUAUUGUUUCUUUGAAGAAGACAAAUGAUGCGGAUAAGGAAGUUGUAACUGACCUGAUGAGACAGAUCCAGGAGCUGAGGUCUUCAAUUAAUCAUAAAACUGAGUCCAUAGAUGGGCUGACAAGAGAGCUCGAGGAUAUAAAUUGCAAGUAUAAUCUUGUUCUGGCUGCAAAAGAAGAAAGCAAAGGCAUCAUAGAGGAUCAGGAAAAGAAGAUUGAAGAACUGAGGGAAGCCUUGGAAAGAAGACAAAUAGCUGAUAACAUUGAGAGAGACCUUCUGUGUGAAGACUUGCAUCAUACCAUUGAUCAGCUGAGAAGACUGACUGAGGCCUCUAAGAAACAUGAUUCAUUGCUUCAGUGUGUGCAGGAAGACGUAACAAAGAAAGAAGCUCUAAUCCAGGAACUCAGGGAACAGCUGGACAGAAUGACAGAAGAACUGGAGAAGACAAAGAAUGAAUAUGAAUUAAAAAUGAAGCAAAUAGAUUGCUUUGUGGACUCAUCUUCAAUAACAUUUCCCCAGUGUCCAAAAACUCCCCCUAACUUCGAUGUGAAUUUAGCAAAGCUCUUGGAAACUCAUGAGCAAGAAAUAGCUGAUCGGAGGGCAUCUGCAAUAAAUCUGGAGCACCUCGUACAUGAACUGAAUGAAGAACGAAGAGUUAAAAAUGAUGAAAUUCUAAGGCUGAAGGAACAAUUAAAUGAGUUGGAGAACUUGCGUCUGGAAAUGCAGAUAUUGGUGGAGAACAACAGGAAUUUACAGAGCCUUGUAGAAGCUCAGAGACUAAGCAAGAACAGUGAUCAGAAACAUCCUGAUGUUCAGUACCUCAAAGAAAAAGAGGAGGAGAUUGCUGCAGAACGACUGGCCAAGAAUAAAGCAAUGGAGGAGAUGCUGAAAAUCAAAGCAGAAUUAGAAGACACCAAAAAUACCCUCAAAAUCAAAGAGAAUACUUGUCUUGAAAUGACUCUGGAGAUGGAACGAACAAGAGCAUUGGAGCUGAAAGCAUUCCAUGAAAAAGAAGAAAUUAGAUCAAAACUGGAGGAAACAUAUGAAGAGAGAGACAGAAUUGGAAAGGAAAUGGACUUGCUGAGGAAGCAAGUUGACUCUCUCGCCGAGGAGAAUGGGAAAUUACUUGGGCAUCAAAACCUAAACCAGAAGAUUCAGUAUCUUGUGAAACUGAAGAAAGAUUACGCUAAACUUACUGAGGAGACUGAAAAACUACGAGUUGAAAAUGCUUUUUUGAAAGAAUCAAAAAAAUGUGACAUAAGUAGACAUCACGAUCAGCUACAAUGA